AUGACAAGCCUCAAGUCGGUGAAAGGUGGCUUACGCAGCUCCUUCCACAACAUGGUGCGGCGGCUCCUGCGCAAACCGACGCCAGCUGGUGACGGGUCUGGUGGUUCCUCGCCAGCUGGCAGCCAACAGCUUGACGGCCCCUUCCAAACCCAUCUCGGCACUCCUACAAACGCCGCUUCGUCUGAAAAGGACCUCCUCUCACCACCUUCACUUAACCACCUCACCAAUCCUGCUCCUACUAGUAGCAACCACAACGACGACUGGUCUCAGUCUCUGAACGGCGACUUUUCAGAUAUUGUGAAGUCUCAUGCUCACGACGACGAGGCUGCCAUCCUGAGAAACGCGAUAUCUACUGCACACGAUACCCAAGAAAACGACUAUUUAACAGCAACCACACACGAUUCUACCAUGGCUCCCGCUCGGCCUUUGACAGAGCAUACGCGCUCUACCCAAAGGGCGCCCUCAAAUUCCUCGCAAAUCCCACUCAGAGAGGAAAACAAAGAAAACGUACCCCCCGAGAAGCUCGCGGAUUCGCUGACCACCCUCAAGAUUGUCGACUCGCCUCAAAAGGGCGACGCAGUCAAGACGGUAGAGGCCUCGGCGGAACAGGAGCCCGCCCAAGAAAUUGAGGAGCAGCCGGAAAUCGACUAUAGCUUUCUCAACGACCCCGUUAUUGCCGCUGAACGCGCCCAGCAUCUGCGAUUUAUCGGCGAGGCUCUGGAUAUGGCCCGCCUCGCCCUUAAAAUCAACGAAACCCCUGUCGGCUGCGUCUUGGUGCACGAUGGCAAGGUCAUUGCCAGAGGGAUGAACGCCACCAAUGUCACCCGCAACGGAACUCGCCACGCAGAGUACAUGGCCCUCGCCGCCUUGUUUUCCUACCCGAACAAGGAAGGCCCUCGUACCGUCCGCCUCAAGCCCAAGCAGCUUACGGAUAAGGAGGAGUUAGAUAAAGCGGCUCGUCUUGCGGCGAGCGAGGAGGAAAAGGCAGCUCGGCAGGCGGCUGGCGAGGCAGAUAGCCCGUCGGAGACGGAAAUGCUCGACGCCAUCUCAGAAACGCUGUCCACUGAUGUGGCGCCCCACGAAGGCAACGAAGACGGCAAAAAGGGACACCUUUAUCCCUAUGGACAAAAGAUGCUCGACGUCGAGCGCGUCGACCGGUCCAUCGUCUCUGAGAGCGUGCUCUACGUCACUGUAGAGCCCUGCAUUAUGUGUGCCUCGCUUUUGCGUCAGUUGAAGAUCAGGAAGGUCUACUUUGGCGCUGUCAAUGACAAGUUUGGAGGCACCGGCGGCGUAUUCAGCUUGCACGCCAACUCGCUGCCUGUUAGGGAGGACGGCCAGACGGCGAGCGCGCACCCCAUUGCGAAACCCAUCCAACUUCCUGAUGGCACUGGGGGGAGCUUGGGUGUGUCAUUUCCCCCCGGCGGCGGUGAUGGAGGAAACGUCGAUCCGGGAUACGAGAUUGAAGGUGGAUGGGGCCGUGACGAUGCCGUUGCCUUGCUGCGGCGGUUCUAUGUACAGGAAAAUGGACGAGCCCCUGUACCCCGGAAAAAAGAGGGCCGAGCAGCGCGUCUGGCUGCCAUUAUGGGACAGGACGGCGUUGAUGGCGACGCCGAUGAUGAGACAGUCACCCCUAGUGAGGGUGCCGACACGAAUGGCGCGGGCGAGGACGUCCGCAAACCAAGUAGCGAAUCAAGCUUUGAUGAGGCGCAACUGGACGGCGACGGGGACGAUCUUUACGAGGCUUGA